AUGGAUUAGGGAUGGGAAGUAAGUGAAGAACACUACUUAGAGCAUUUAAUAUAAAAUCCUCUAUUUUUAAAGAGGUAGGGAUCUUAAUAAAUUCAUAAGCCUGCAAUUUUGGCAUCUUAAGAAUCACCAAAAACAAGGAUGAGAUUUAGAACUACUUCUAUGCCAAAAUUAGAUGAGAGCAGCAAACCAAAUUCGCCUAACAAGAAACCAGCUUUAGAACCAUAGACAAAAAUGGAAUCCCAAAAUAAAUAUUAGCAAUCAUCAAUUAUAUUGAAAACACCUAUUAGAUAACAAAAAUUAUAAUUAUAUCCACAGAAAAUAUCUCUUAGAUCUACCUUAUUUUAAACCCCCUUAGAAGAGUGUAGUCCAAUAAAAUUAGGUAGAACACUUUAACCUAAGCAAUUUAAUCCUGUACUUUAGAAUAUAAAUGACAUCCAUUAUAAUGGAAUGAGAGGUUAAACUAGAUCAGUAAAGAGUGCUUCAAUGAGCAAUCUUUUAAAUAAUGAUGAACGUGUAAUUUAAAAGAAAAGAUUAGAAGAUUUUGUCUUCAAAAUUAGACCAUAACGAAAUGCUAGUAUUAUUUAUGUAAACUCUUAAAGCUCACUACAGACUACUACAGAUGAUAUUGUACUAAGAAAAAUCUAAAAAUGA